AUGGCUCUUCUAGAGGAAGAGCUUGGACAACCCUGGCAAAAUGUCUAUUCUGAACUGCUGGUAUGCUCACCAUGUGCAGCCUCAUUAGGACAGGUAUAUAAAGGUUGUCUAAAAGAAACAGGCAAACUUGUAGCUGUUAAAGUACAGAGGCCAUAUGCUCACGAGACAGUCACAGUCGAUCUUUUCGUCAUAAGGAACAUAUGCUUGUUUCUGCGGAAAUUUCCUCAGGUAGGAUUUCAAACUCUGUUUGGACGUCUGUGA